GAAAGUCAUUACAUUACAUUACAUUUUUCUACAUUGGACAAUGGCUUAUGCUUUUAGUAAGAGUCAUUUUUUCACCUUUCUUGUGAUACUCACCUUUCUUUCUUUUUCCCUCAUCAAAGAAUCUGAAGCACAAGCCAAACCUCCUCCUAUAGUAAAGGGACUAUCAUGGAACUUCUACGAUUCAAGUUGUCCUAAGCUUGAAUCUAUCAUCAGAAAUGAGCUCAAGAAAAUCUUUGAUGAUGAUAUUGGUCAAGCUGCUGGCUUGCUUCGUCUUCACUUCCAUGAUUGCUUUGUUCAGGGUUGCGAUGGGUCAGUAUUAUUGGAUGGAUCAGCAAGUGGGCCUAGUGAGAAAGAUGCACCACCGAACUUAAGUCUAAGGGCUUCGGCCUUCAAGAUAAUUGAAAAACUUCGUGGUCGUGUACAGAAGCAGUGUGGAAGAAUCGUCUCAUGUGCUGACAUCACUGCCAUUGCCGCACGUGACGCUGUUUUCCUUUCAGGAGGAGCAGAUUACAAAGUUCCCUUAGGAAGAAGAGAUGGACUAACAUUUGCAACAAGGAAUGUGACAUUGGAUAACCUUCCAUCACCAUCAAGCAACACAACAACAAUUCUAAACUCACUUGCAACCAAAAACCUUAACCCAACAGAUGUUGUUGCUCUCUCAGGUGGCCACACAAUUGGCAUAAGCCACUGUUCUUCUUUCACUAACAGACUCUACCCUAAACAAGACCCUGUCAUGGACAAAACCUAUGGAAAUAACCUUAAACUCACUUGUCCUACUAACAACACAGAUAACACAACUGUUCUUGAUAUUCGUAGUCCAAACAAAUUUGAUAAUAAAUACUAUGUUGAUCUUAUGAACCGUCAGGGUUUAUUCACCUCGGAUCAAGAUUUGUACACUGAUAAAAGGACUAAGGAUAUUGUUACUAAUUUUGCUGUUAAUCAAUCUCUGUUCUUUGAGAAAUUUGUUGCUGCUAUGAUUAAAAUGGGUCAGCUUAAUGUUUUGACUGGAACUCAAGGUGAGAUUCGUGCUAAUUGCUCUGCUAGGAAUAAGGCUACUAAAUCCUUCCUUGGUUCUGUUGUGGAAGAUGUGGUCGAAGGAUUUUUGGAAAUUUAAUUUAAUAAAUAAAUCAUUACAAAUCAUAGUUUCUUAUUUCAAUAGUAAUGGAAAAAUAAAAGCUUGUAUUGCUUAUCUAAUUUUCUCCAUCAGAACCAUAAAUAUUACAUGUAAGAUGUCUGUGUGACUCUGUGUAUUGUGUAAUUAAUGUGUACCCUGACUCAUGUAUUUGUUUAAGCCCUCUUUUGUUAAUUAAUUAUGGUUUGAUAUUUUAAUCUUA